AUGGACGAAGGCGAGGGAGGGUACGGUGAGAGCGGCGAUCCCAUGGAUCAGUUCCACCGUAACGAAGCUAUAUCCGCUGUCGCCGACGAUGGUUUCAUGGCAGAGGAAGAUGACGAUUAUGAAGAUCUUUACAACGAUGUCAACGUCGGCGAAGGGUUCCUUCAAUCUUUGCGCAAAACCGACGAUUCGGGGAUAAGAAAUGACCACGUCGAAGACAAAAAGCCGCCGGUGCCGGUUUCGGAUACCACCGGAGUUUCGAUUCCUGGUGUCGGUGGCGGGGUAGAGGGUGUCGGUGGUGGUGGAAGCGGAGUUGUGGAAUCUAGGGUUUCGGGGAGAGUUGACGGAUUUCAGAAUGAAGGGUUUAGAGGGAAUGAGCUGGGUGCCAAAAGUGGGAUUAGGGUUGAAUUAGGCCAUCAAUCUGGUAAAUCGAGUGAAAUUGAGGAGCAUGGGGCUAAUGAUGAUGCUGCAGUGCCGGGUAUUGGACAACAACCUCAUGCUGUAGUUGUUGGGAGUGUGGGAAAUGAGGGCAUGGUGAGACAAGGUCAAGUUGGAGGCAGUGUUGUAGGAGGCGGAGGAGGCGGAGGAGGGAAUGCUAAUAGGGUUGGUGGAAAUGGUGUUGGGAACAGUGUGGCUGUUAAUAGUGUUAGUACUGGAGGAAUUGGAGGUGGUGGUGGUGGUGGUUCUGGUGGUACUAUAUUGUUUGUGGGUGAUUUGCAUUGGUGGACUACUGAUGCUGAGCUGGAAACUGAGCUAAGUAAAUAUGGGCCUGUUAAGGAAGUUAAGUUUUUCGAUGAGAAGGCGAGUGGGAAGUCAAAGGGGUAUUGUCAAGUUGAGUUUUUUGACACUUCUGCUGCCACAACAUGCAAGGAGGGAAUGAAUGGUCAUGUUUUUAACGGUAGGCCAUGUGUUGUUGCAUUUGCGUCACCUUUUACAGUUAAGAAAAUGGGAGAGGCUCAGAUAAACAGGAAUCAGCAGAUGAACCAACCUGCAGUUACACAACAGGGAAGGAGGGGGCCUGCUGAUGGAGGCUCUAAGCCUGGUGGGAGUAAUAUAUCGACAGGUGGUAAUUACCAAGGAGGAGAUGGUAAUAGAGGAUAUGGGAGAGGAGGUAACUGGGGAAGAGGGAAUAAUCCUGGUAUGGGGAAUAGGGGGCCUGUGAAUGCAAUGAGGAAUAGGGGUGGUGGUGGGAUGGGUGGUAGAGGUAUAAUGGGUCAUGGUGGAAAUGGGUUUGGACAAGGUAUUGGUGGUACCCCUCCACUGUUGCAUCCUCAGUCAAUGAUGAAUCAGGGUUUUGAUCCUGCUUUUGGUGGUCCUAUGGGUAGAAUGGGUAGUUAUGGAGGUUUUCCUGGUGCUCCAACACCUCCAUUUUCUGGGAUACUACCUUCAUUCCCUGGUGUUGGUUUGCCUGGAGUGGCACCUCAUGUUAAUCCUGCUUUUUUCGGAAGAGGGAUGCCAGUUAAUGGUAUGGGGAUGAUGCCAACAUCGGGCAUGGAUGGUCCUAAUAUGGGAAUGUGGUCAGAUCCAAAUAUGGGUGGAUGGGGUGGUGAAGAGCCUGGUGGAGGGAAGGCUGGAGAGUCAAGUUAUGGGGAGGAAGCUGCAUCUGACCAUCAGUAUGGUGAAGUGAGUCAUGAUAGAGCUGGGUGGCCUAUGAGGGAGAAAGAUAGAGGUUCAGAAAGGGACUGGUCUGGUUCUUCUGAGAAAAGGUAUAGGGAUGAUAGAGAUCAAGGAUAUGAGAGAGAUGCACCUAGAGAGAAAGAUAUGGGCCAUGAUCCUGAGUGGUCUGAAAGAAGGCAUAGGGAUGACCGAGACACAGGUCGAGAAAGAUCUCGUGACCAGGAACGUGAUCGGGAACGAUCUCGUGACCGCGAAAGGGAUCAUCGAGAGCGGGACAGGCACCGAGAAGAUAGAGAUCGGUAUGCAGAUCAUCAUAGGUACAGAGACCGGGAAGCAGAGCAUGAUGAUGAGUGGGAGAGGGGACGAUCAUCUAGGACUCACAGCAAAUCACGCUUAUCCCAAGAGGAGGAACACCAUUCUAGGACUAGAGAUGCUGAUUAUGGAAAGAGGCGAAGGCUUACUUCUGAAUAA